AUGAUCCGAAGAACGUUAAGACGAUUUGUGAAGAAGAGCAAUCUUUCAAACCUAGGCACUCCGCUUGCGUCGAAGGACUCGGAACAUUUAGCGGGAGUGUCAUCAACACCGUCGACGUCAGUUCCUGAGGGGGCGGAGAAACCGGCGGUGUUGACACACACAGAGGGCGAAGGAAAGAUGUCCAUCACGAUACGCAGUGACGGUUUUCGUCGGUCGUCGAAGGUCCCAACAGCCAUCGCGGAACCGGUCAAGCGCAUCAUUUUUGUGCGUAGCGGCAAGAGCCUUGCCGAUUUAGAUAUUAAUACAUAUGUCACAACGCCCGAUUGGCGUAUUUCCAUUGUACCAGAGGGAGAGGAGGAGAGCUAUCAGGCCGGGAGGCAUGUGGCAGAGAUGGUAGGAGAUGAGCCUGUUUAUUUUUAUUUUUCACCCUAUUUGCGUAGUAGGCAGAGUUUUAGACACGUUUUGCGUGGGUACGACGACUACAGAAGUGAACAGAAGAUGGAUGGUGAUUCUAUCAUUGGUGUGCGUGAGGACGUGCGGUUGCGGGAUGUUGACAUUGGUCGUUACAGAUCAAAGGAAGAGCUGCUGCACCAUCUGCGUGAACGGGAAGUGUACGGUAGGUUUUACUACCGUUUUCCAUACGGUGAGAGUGGUGCCGACGUGUGCGAUCGCGUUACGAGUUUUCUUGACGCCUUUCAGCGCGAGCGACUGGAUUUCCCGAUGGACACAAAUGUGGUUAUUGUGACACAUGGGCAAACGAUCCGCAUGUUUGUCAAGCGUUGGUUCCAUCUGACAGUUGAGACAUAUCAUUUAAUGGAAUCCCCACCAACCGGGUCUGUUAGCACACUGACACGCCUGCACCACCGCAGUUGCUUCCGUCUUGACGGCAGGUGUGUUGAAUGGAUGAAUCUCCCGCUUUCACUCAAUGAGUACAACGGGUACAAGUACCGCAACAAGCAGCUUCUGGGUUCGAUGAGUACUGGAGCACCAUUUAUGUGA